GCUACCAACUGAAUGAAGAGUGGAAUUGAAAUCUUUCGAACAAAUAGUUCGUAUUGAAUCCAAUGUUUAUCAUGAAAAUUUAUGUCAUCUCGAAAUGAUAAUUGAAAAUAGAUUUGUUUUCCCAAUUUUCCUAUUCAGAUUCAGCAGUAUUUUCUUUUCCAGAGUUAAUUAAGUGAAACUAUCUAGAGACGCCCUCUGGCCGUAUCUCAACCCAAGCUUGGCCGCCAUGUCUAAACCUGAAGUUCGACUGCGUCUUUGUAAUUCGUGCUGUGCUAUUCUGUAUUGUUUCAAAAAGACAGUGGUUUUAAUUGCUAAAGAACAAUGAAAUUAUCAGGACAUGAGUUAAUUGCGAACUCUAAUUACUUGUGGAGUGUUUAUUAGAUCUGUGCAAAUCGAUAAGUUUGCUUUUGAAGAAGGUACUCCAACUUCUCAACAUCGUAUUUUUAGUUCGGCCGCCAUAUUGGCGUUAAUAUCUUUUCACAAGAUAUCUGCCACGGUUUGGAGCUCUCCACUCCACCCCUACCCUGACCUGCAAGGUAGUAUAUUUAUUAGUCCACGAAUGUGAUGGCUUCUUUCUAGGUGCAACAGCACCAAAACAUUUUUAUUAUGAUAGAAUGGUUAAAAGUCAGAGGAUAUAGCUGAUGCCUCUUAGUAAGAAAUUGGAUGAACCUCUUGUUACAGUUGAGGUAGAUUGCUGACUCCAGCACAAUGCAGCAGGCGGUGGAUCCCCUUGCUACGACUAGCACGCCAACUGCGGAGCCAGUCAAUGGCGCGCCUGCGGAGGAAACUCCGCGGCGGCAGGGGCGCAUGACUAACCAGCUACAGUUUCUACAAAAAAAUGUCAUGAAGGCCGUGUGGAAGCACAAACUAGCAUGGCCUUUCCAUCAACCUGUGGACGCAAAAAAAUUAAACCUACCAGAUUAUCACAAAAUUAUAAAGAAACCUAUGGAUCUUGGAACUAUCAAAAAGCGGCUCGAGUCAAACUAUUACUACUCUGCACAGGAAUGCAUCCAGGAUUUCAACACCAUGUUUACUAACUGUUAUGUGUACAAUAAACCUGGAGAAGAUGUGGUCAUCAUGGCACAAACUCUAGAGAAGCUAUUUCUCAACAGGAUAGCUCAAAUGGACAAAGAGGAGAAGGAGAUAGAGCCUCCAUCGAAAGGUGGUAAAGGUGGUGGUGCCAAAAAGCGGGUAAGCGGUCCGCCGGCGACCCCCGGCGGCACCACGCCCGGGACCGGCGCGGCCGUGCGGCCUCCUGUGAAGGCGGCGGCCGGCAUGCUGCCCGCCAUGUUCCCCGCCGCGCCCGCCGCCACCAGCGCGCCGCCCGCCGCCACCACGCCGCCCGCCACGCACACCGGCUUACCGCAGCAGGUGACGACGCAACCUUCGAGUUUCCAUGUGACGCAACCCACUACACCUGUUACAUCCAUUCCUACUGUCGCUCUAUCACAAACUCAGCCAGCUAAGGUGAAAAAGGGAGUAAAGAGAAAAGCUGAUACAACCACACCCAUGGGAAGUUCCUUUGAAGGUGGCUAUACGACGCCUACGAUCGACCAGCAAAGUGGCCCUAAACCCGCAAAAAUAUCCACACGACGGGAAAGUGGGAGACAGAAAAAGACAAGUAGAACAGGAGAAGAUAAUUUCAAAGGUGGAUUGUCACCCGGUGUGGGUGGCGCAGGCGCGUCGCACCAUUCAGUUAUGACCCCACAGUUAGCUAAAAACAAAGAGAAAUUAUCUGAUGCCUUGAAGAGUUGUAACGAAAUAUUGAAAGAAUUAUUCUCAAAGAAACAUUCGGGCUAUGCUUGGCCGUUUUAUAAGCCAGUAGAUGCAGAAUUACUUGGACUUCAUGAUUAUUUUGAUAUUAUAAAGAAACCUAUGGAUCUUGGUACUGUGAAACAAAAAAUGGAUAAUAGAGCAUAUAAAACGGCCGCCGAAUUCGCCGCUGAUGUACGCUUAAUAUUCACAAAUUGUUAUAAGUAUAACCCACCAGAUCAUGAUGUUGUAGCAAUGGCUCGGAAACUACAGGAUGUGUUUGAAAUGAGGUAUGCUAAAAUACCGGAUGAGCCCAUUCAUGUUGGUGUAACGCACAUAGACAAGGGUAGUUCGGCAUCGAGUUCAGAAUCCGGCUCAGAAUCUGAUUCGGAAUCUGAUGACUCUGAAGAGGAAAGAAAUAAUAAAGUCAAACUUCUCGAGAAGGAACUUCUGGCCUUACAAGAAAAGAUGAGGAAACUUGUCGAAGAGUCGAAUACAAAGAAGAAGGCGAAAAAGAAAAUGAAGGAGAAAACAAAGAAACAAAUCACAAACAGCACAAUACCUAAGGCGAACACGGUGGCCGCUUAUGGAGGAAAGACGAACAAUAUUGCGGACAAUUUGGCGACGCCGCCGGCGCGGGGCAAGACGGGGCGGUCGCGGGGGGCGGGCGGAGCCGGCGCGGGAGCGGGCGGCGCGGGCGGCGCGGCGGGCGGGGCGCCGGGCCGCGCGCCCGGCCCGGCGCGCGCCGGCCUCGGCAAGAAGAAGGGCGCCGCGCCCGCGCCCGCGCCCGCGCCGCACGUGUUGCCGCACCACGACUCCGAGGACGAGGAUGUCGCUAAGCCCAUGUCUUAUGAUGAGAAGCGGCAGCUGUCUCUCGAUAUUAACAAACUGCCGGGUGACAAGCUUGGCAAAGUAGUCCACAUAAUCCAGAGUAGAGAACCUUCCCUUCGGGAUUCUAAUCCAGACGAAAUUGAAAUUGAUUUUGAAACAUUAAAACCUUCAACACUAAGAGAAUUAGAAAAUUAUGUAGCAUCAUGCCUACGCAAAAAGACACACCGUAAAAUGUCGGGCAAAUCUAAAGAUGAACAAAUGGCAGAGAAAAAGCAAGAAUUAGAAAAACGGUUACAAGAUGUUUCUGGGCAGCUGGGCACAAACAAAAAGCAACAACAGAAAAAAGAUGGCAAGGACGGCCUAGGCGGCGGCAUGUCGUCGUCGUCGAGCUCCUCCGACUCCUCCAACUCGUCGUCCAGCACCGACACCAGCUCCUCCGACAGCAGUGACAGCGAAGCAGGCACAGGUUCCGGAAGGACUCCCAAAAAGAAAGCCAAGAAGCAGCCGGCUCAUCCACCACAAAUAAAGGCCCUGCCUCCGGCCGCGCCCGCGCCUGCAGCGCUCCCUGCGCCGGCGGCGUGCAGCGAGCCCGCGGCCGGCGCCAAGCCCGAGCCCGCGGCCGGCGCCGCGCCCGAGCCGGCGCCGGCCGCCGCGCCGCCGCCCGCCCAGGACGUGCCCGACUCCUCCAUCCCGCCCGCCGCCGAGGAGCGGAAACCUACGCCCGAGGUGGAACCCCGCAACGGACUGGACAAAGUCGACACCUCUCACUAUAUUGACCCUAUCGAGCGCUCUCUGGCCAGCCUCGAGAGGAGUUUGAACGCGGAUGUGCCGAUGGACGUGAGUGUAGGGGUAUCCGAGUCCUCUUUGCGUUUGGAAGAAGACUUUUCUUUACCUAAAACGCAGAUGAUGCCCGACGCUGCUCAUCAAAAUCUUAUGGCCCAGCUGGGCGGUUUGACCGACAUCCCUCAUGUGCCCGAACCAAUCAAGAAUGAAAUGUACGCUCCUCCGCCUCAAAACGGUUUUAUUGAAAAAAAUAUGCAUCACGAGCGAGAAAUGUUGCGACCCGAUGUAAAUACUACUAUGUCCGGUAUGACUCCUGUCGUACCUGUGUCGUCUAUUUUUGAUCCUGUGCCGACCGCUCCUCAUAGUGUUAUUGCUCAGUCGCACCAUAAUAUACCUGGUGCACCGAGUUUAUUAACGCCAGCAAUUAAAAAGGAGGAUAUUAAACCUUUGUUGACUCCUAAACCUAUUGAAGAUCUCAUGGGGGUACCUAAUAUGGGUCAAAAUAACAUAUCCGAUAGAGCUAAAUAUGAAAUGGAAAAGAAGAUAGAAGAUGCGAAGAAUUCAAAUUUUGCCCAAGCUUUCAAAUUGAAACAGGAGCAAAAUUUGAAGAAUGCUAGUUCUUGGUCAUCACUGGCGCAAGCUGGAAGUCCACAGAGUAUACCUAACAUGAAUACAAAUAACCAAAUUAAACAGAAGCCUGUUAUGGACAGUUUUCAAGCAUUCAAAAAACAAGCUAGAGAAAAAAUUGAUCGUCAGAGAGCACUGAUUGAACAGCAGGAAUUAAGAAAGAAAGAACAAGCUGAAAGAGAAAGACAACGCCAAGAGACAGAAAGGCGGCAUCCAGACGAAGAUAAAAUGAGGAUGGUGGUGGGCGCGGGCGCUCGCAAGGCGGAGAGCGCGGAGGUGGCGUCGCCGAGCGUGUCGCCGGUGGCGCGCGCGUCGCCGCCGGCCGCCGCCGCCGCCGCCGCCGCGCCCGACAAGCCCGCCGCCAGCGAGCGCGAGCGGCUGCGGCAGCGAGAGCAGGAGCGUCGGCGACGCGAAGCCAUGGCAGGACAGAUAGACAUGAAUCUUCAGAGUGAUUUGAUGGCCGCGUUUGAAGAAUCGUUGUAGUGUGUUUAAAAACGAAUAAGUAAAUGUACAUAAAAUAUAUAAAUAUAAAUAAAGCAAUGCAAUCUGUAAGGUGAUAAUGUGACACCAAAGUGAUUUGUGAUCGUUUGUGUGUGAAACGUUGACUAACAUGUGGUUAAGUGCUGUGAAUAGAUUACUUACUUUAAAUUAACUGUUGUACCAUCAUUUUGACUGUGGUCGUGCUGCGGGCCUUUAUAGGGGGUUGCAUUUUAAAUAUUGUGUACUAUAGUAAGAUUGUAUGUAAGUUCUUAAAGUAAACAACUCUCUUUACAUUUGUAAGUCUAUAUUUAUAUUUCGUUCUAGAAGCAUCUCCUACCUUCCAUUAUUGUUUUAUAGAAUAAACUAAUGACUAAAGUAUGGUAGUGAUUGAACAUUAAAUGAAAUCAAAAAAGGUUUAUUUUAUGCAAUUGAUUAAAAUAGACAAUCAACUAAACCAUGAAUUUGUUGUUGACGGCGUAUUUUCUCACUGAAUGUCACGCAACAUGAAGUCACUUUUUGUAUUUAUAUGUUAUGCUGUACUAUCAAAUGUUGCACAGUCCAGCAUACAGUGGGAAAGAACGUAGACUAUUAUGUAUUUAUUAGUAAAUGGAAAUUCUGUUACGUAUUCGAUUUUCGAUAAAUAUUGCUUAAUGUUAGUAGAUUUUUUAUCAGUCUGUCGUUUGAAAACAGAUCAAAUGUCAUACAUUUGGUUUGAAAUAUAUUUAUUUUACAUUGGAAAAUGUCUUUUAUGUUUGUAGAUAGAUCCAGUGGUAAAAUGUAGAUCAGGUGAUCCAAUUUUUACACUCCUGUAAUAAAGUAUGAUGAACCAUAGAUUAUAAUAUGAACCCAAAACAAGAAUAUUGUAUGUUGUUAAGCAAAUUUUAAUUUCAGUCACUUACUCCUCAAAAUCAAAUGUAGAUAUGAAGUAAAAUAUAUUGACAUUC